GCCUUCAUUAUCAUCCCUACAUUGCAUUUUCAAUUUCAUUGAUUUCUUCAUCUUUCGUUUCUUUUUCUUCUGAAGCACUGUUGAUUCGCCGCGUUGACUGAUUGUUCUUCAUUUUCUUCCCUCAAAUUGUAUGGAUUGAGUGUUCGUUUAGGUUUUGUUGAUUCACAUUUCUUGAAGGAAUCGUUCUCCGUUUGAUCGUCUAAGUUCUUCCACGGCGUUUCCAUAUCGAAGGGUUGGGUCUAGGGUUAGGGCGAUGCGGAUGGAAGCGUCCGGUGCAAAUUCGGACGCUCAAAGAGGUAUUUCAUCAACGAGUAAUAAUAUUGGUAGUAAUUCUAGAAGGCAUGGAGUACAAUUGUCGGCUGCCAAUUUAUUUCGUUCUCCGUUGUCGACGUUGUUGGAAUAUUCUGGAAUUUUAAGGACAAGAUCAAGUCAUACAGAAUCGGAUAGUUUGAUAAAUAGUCAAUUUCAGCCUCGUGUGGAUGAUGCUGGGACAUCUCCAGCUUCUCCGGGUGGCUCUGGGGAAGUUUCGAUUAGGAUUAUUGGUGCUGGUGAGCAGGAACAUGAUAGAGUUGGGAAUGUAGUGCCAUCACCAGCUGUUGGUGGAACACUGAGGGAAGGGGAUGGGGAAAAUGAGGUUUUUGGGAGGACGGUUUCGAGGUCGGGGUCUGCAGCUUCAGUUGGAGCAUUGGAGAGUCAAUCGAGUGAUAGAGGGGCGGGAGAUGGAGUUACUCAACAGAUGAAUGGAAACACGGAGACAGGGACUACGGAUGGUGCUGGUGUUAAUAAUAGGGAGUCUUCUUACCAAAGAUAUGAUAUACAGCAAGCUGCCAGGUGGAUUGAGCAAAUUAUUCCAUUCUCUUUGCUUUUGUUGAUUGUUUUCAUUCGGCAACAUUUGCAAGGUUUUUUUGUUACAAUUUUGAUUGCUGCUGUCAUGUUCAAGUCAAAUGAUAUUGUAAAGAAGCAGACUGCACUUAAGGGUGAGAGGAAAAUCUCUAUUCUGAUCGGCAUAUGUAUUCUGUUCAGCAGUUAUUUAUUUGGGUUUUACUGGUGGUACCGAAAUGAUGAUCUUUUGUCUCCAUUGUUGAUGCUUCCACCAAAGGCCAUACCUCCUUUUUGGCAUGCCAUCUUCAUGAUCAUGGUGAACGAUACUUUGGUCCGUCAGGCGGCAAUGGUCUGCAAAUGUUUUCUUCUGAUGUAUUACAAGAAUAGCAGGGGCCGGAACUACCGUAGGCAGGGUCAAUUGUUAACUUUGGUUGAGUAUCUUUUACUGCUGUAUCGUGCUUUGCUCCCAGCUCCAGUUUGGUAUCGUUUCUUUUUGAACAAGGAGUAUGGAAGCCUCUUUUCAUCAUUAAUGACCGGGCUGUAUUUAACUUUCAAGCUCACUUCUGUUGUCGAGAAGGUCCAAUCCUUCUUCACAGCUUUAAAGGCGUUGUCACGUAAGGAGAUUCAUUAUGGAGUAUAUGCGACUUCUGAACAGGUCAAUGCUGCUGGGGAUCUCUGUGCUAUUUGCCAGGAGAAAAUGCAUACACCAAUCUUACUACGUUGUAAACAUAUAUUCUGUGAAGACUGUGUGUCUGAAUGGUUUGAGAGGGAAAGGACGUGCCCUCUGUGCAGGUCUUUAGUAAAACCUGCCGAUCUAAAAUCAUUUGGUGACGGAUCAACUAGUCUCUUUUUCCAGUUAUUCUGAAGAAAUUGUUGUCGACGAGAGGGAGUUUCUUCAAAAGCUGCCAAUUUCACUAAGAACAGCUAUAGCUGAACGCCCAUCCACGGAAAAGCAUAUUGACACACUUAUUUCAGAAUCCUGAUCUGUUUGCUCCCGAAAGUACUAAUUGGCUCAACGCAGUCUCUUGAGGCCAUUGUUUAUACACAGUUCCACACAAGGAGCAGGCUAUUGUUCAUAUGUUUGUAUCCGUCCAUUAAUCAACAGAACUUUCAAGUGUACAAUGUAUGAAAUAGUGUUGUAGUUAGAUAUAUCUUUUUUUAUCCCCAUGGCCAGUUAGGUUUCAUCCCCUAAACAAACCUAUACAGAAAAAUGAUUAUUUCUACCAGUGGUGUUUGUAUGUAAAAUCAAGCUGGCAUCUUUUGGGAAAAGCAUAGUCUUGGUUGCCUCGAAGAUUUUGCGACCAUCAUUUAAGUUGUAUCCGCAAUGCAUAAACAUUUGUAAGUUCACCUAUUUUAAUUUGAGACAUGCCACGUUUUGAGUUUCA